AAGUGAAUUGAUAAAUGUCAGUGUUUUGAAUGAAUAAUAUUAGUGGAAUAGUGUAAAUUAGUAAUUGUAGAAAUUGAGUGAAUAGUAAACACGUGGCAUUAGUUGUCAAGCAUAGUUCGUAUGCAACGUCGCCAUUCCGGAAGUUACGUUUCGUGAAACACGAGUCCACGUAGGUGCUUUUGGUUGAAGUAAAGUGGAAUUUUAGUCGUCAAACAACAUACAAAGUGUGAGUAAUCUGACAAUCUUCUUCAAGACAACAACCUACUUUAUUCCACUAAGCAGAAAUGGAUCAAAUCAAGAAAUUUACUGAACCCGGAAGGCAAUUUGCCAAAGACAGUAUUCGUCUUGUCAAAAGAUGCACUAAACCCGACAGAAAAGAAUUCCAGAAGAUUGCUAUCGCUACAGCAAUUGGUUUCUGUAUAAUGGGCUUCAUAGGAUUCUUCGUUAAAUUAAUUCAUAUUCCAAUUAACAACAUCAUUGUAGGAUCCUAAGACCAAUGGAAAUUACUUAAUGUUAAGACUUAUUAAGCAUAAUUUUCUAUCUCAUCCUUCCCCCUAUCUUCCCAUUUCCCCAUGACGUUCACGAGAGCGUUACUCUCCUUACUCUUAUUUAUGCGAAAUAUCUUUAGAUAAUUAGAUAUAUUAUUAUGUUCGAAAUUGAUUGCGAUAAAUGUAAGAAACAGUUUAUAUGAAAUGGUGCGUAAUUUAAUAAAAAUAGGAAUUGUUUAAAAAACACAAA